UUCCCUCCCUCCCUCACUUCACUCGACAUUCCCUCGUCCGAAACGCCCCAGCCAAAUCUCUCUGUGACGUUCUUGCUCUCACACACUUCCGACCUCACUCACGCCGACCCCAUCUUCCCUUCCCAGGAUGCCGACUCCGCCGUCCGACCCGACCUAGCCGACCUGACCUCACCGACCCAACCACAGCAGCUCUCCUCACUGCCAUCCUCCGCCAUUCUCCUACUUGUAGCCGCCGUUCAAGUUCAAUCAAGAAAGCUUCCAUGAGUUCGAGACAGUCAGACUUUAAAAAGUCAUUUCAAAUCAGCAUUCAGUCUAUACUCACAGCAGCGUCCAAGGAGGAUGUACAUGGAGCAUUUUCAAUGCGUUCUAAUGCUGAGAAGGAGAGUUUGUAUCGCUUGUUCAUUCAGGUUUCCAAAGCUAUGCAUGAAAAUAUAGCGGAGCAGUUUGAGUCCAAAUGUCAAGAAAGCCAGGUGUUUACUGCUUUUGAUAAGAUUGAACAUCUAGUGGAAGAGCAAACACUAGACAUUUUACAUGCAGAUGAGAGUAACAUAAAAGAUAUCAAAGAGAAGCUAUCAACAAUAAAGAUGGAUGAGAUACAAUACCUUCAGAGUCUUUUGCAAAAGGUUGAAGAACAGAACAGAAGCAUGGAAAAUCAGAUACAAUCACUCAAGAAGAAUCAGGACCAAACAAUGCUUUGAAUGCAGUGGAGAAGUUGAAAAGCUGGAACUUCCUUGUAUGAAGUAUACGCCAUGGAUCCUGUCCUUGCUGCAGCUUUACUGCUUGAGCUUCUUACCAAUAUUUGUCCUCUACUACGCUUCUACUUAAUUGUUUUUUUUUUCCUGCUUGCAACUAAACGUAGAAUGCUUCAGCAUUUGCAGAUAUUGAAACCAUUGGUCCAAUGAAUAUUUUUCCCUUUA